AAAUAUAUAGCUUAUGAUAACAUACAUAUAAAUUCUGACACAUUCGCUUCAGAAAUGCCGGAAAUGCAGAACGUGUCCGCUUUAAUGUUAGAAUCUACAAAAAAUUGAUUGGGCAUGCGCAAGGCGGCCAUUUUAAAGUAAUACACUUGACAAGAUUUCGGAACAGAUUUUGGAAGGUUCAUCAUGGCUUCUGAAACUGACGACUGGGAGCUUAGCAAGGAGAAUGUACAACCACUUCGACAGGGCAGAAAUAUAUCGCGCUUGACGGCUGCUUUGCAGCCAGAAACAGAUCUACGACAGCAAAAACAAGAAUUUGAAGCAGAGUUGAGAAUAUAUAGCAGUGAUGACCCUUUAGAUGUGUGGCACAGGUACAUGCAGUGGAUAGAACAGAACUACCCUAAAGGAGGAAAGGAGAGCAACCUUGCUGAUCUCUUAGAAAGAUGCCUUCGUACAUUUUACAAUGUACCUCGCUACAAAAAUGACCAGCGGUUUGUCACGGCAUGGAUCAAAUACGCUGAUUUCUGUAAGGAGCCGUUAGAGAUCUAUAACUUCAUGAAGGACCAGGGUAUAGGAGUGGACCUGGCCUGCUUCUAUCUGGCGUGGUCAUGGACCAAUGAGCAGAUCGGCAACACUAAAAAGUGUGACCUCAUCUUUCAGGAGGGAAUUCGACGUCUGGCCCAACCAAUUGAUGUUCUGGAACGCAGACAUAA